CAGGGAUUAUGUGUAACUGAGGCUCUAUCACAGCCUGGGGCUCAACUGCCUAUUUCCUAGGGGGUUAUUAUUCAAUUGUAAGCUCCUGGGUUACACACUGAGCUCUCCUCAUGGUACAGCUGGGAGAUUGUAUAGAAGAGCUUCCCAGUCUGGCCUGGGCCACAAACAGCUGACUAUUCAUAGAAGCUGAGUGCUCCCUUAAUUAGCCUUUACACAAUGACGUCCACCAAUAACGAGACCUUCCUUGAGGUGAAGGAUGAGCCUGAAGCCCCCCAGUUUGUGUUGGCCGGUCGGCGUUACCGCUGCUUAACCUGCCAUAAGACUUUCCCUAACCAGCCCCGUGCCCAGCGCCACUGUGAAGCCAACCAUUCCGAUAGAGACCCCAGCUCUCCGAAUACAAAGAAACGGGCAACGAAGUGCGAGCAGAGGCACCAGUGUGUGCACUGCAACAAGUCCUACAAGUCUGCAUCAUUGUUGCGCAACCACGCCCGCAGCCACACAGGGGAGAAACCAUUUGCUUGCAAGGAGUGUGGACGUUCCUUUAUGCAGCCAAUCUGCCUGAAAGUGCACAUGGCGACCCACAGUGGGCAACUGCCCUUCCCCUGUGAGCAUUGUGGGAAAGCCUACGCUACGCCUUCCAAAUUGCGCAUUCACCAGAGACUUCAUACUGGAGAGCGGCCCUUUUCUUGCCCAGAUUGUGGGAAGGGCUUUGCCGACCCCUCUAUUUUCCGCAAGCACAUGCGCAGCCAUGCAGGCUUGCGCCCAUUUCAGUGCCAGCUGUGUGACAAGUCCUACAGUGAGCUCAAAGAUCUGAAAAACCACGAGCGUAGUCACACUGGAGAGAAACCAUUCUUGUGCUCGGACUGCGGCAAGGCCUUCUCACGGGCAUCCUCGCUCACGUGCCACCUGCGCAUCCACGCCGCAGAGAAACCUUACAAGUGUACCACGUGUGGCAAAGACUUUACCCAGUUGUCUUCAUACCAGAGCCACCAACGGACACACUCCGGGGAGAAGCCCUACUUGUGUCCCCAGUGCGGCAGAAUGUUCUCUGACCCAUCUAGUUUCCGCCGGCACCAACGAGCUCACCAGGGAGUCAAACCGUACCAGUGCGACAAAUGUGGAAAGCCCUUCCGGCAGCCGGCAGACUUGGCAAUGCACCAGCGCAUCCACACGGGCGAGAGGCCCUUCCGCUGCCCAGACUGUGAUAAGAGCUUUGUGGCAUCAUGGGAUCUGAAACGCCACCGGUUGUCCCACAGCAGUGAGAGACCUUUCCAGUGCCAAGAAUGCGGCAAAGGCUUUGCAGAGCGCUCUGGGCUUAGUAAACACCAACGAUCUCAUAGCGGAGAGCGACCUUAUAAAUGCCUAGAGUGCGGGAAAAGCUUUGUGGUGUCCUCCAGCCUAAGGAAGCACGAGAGAACCCACCAGAAACCUGAGCAAGAUGCCACCAAGAAGAGAGAAGAGACCACCACUUGCGAGAAAUGUUCCCUCAGCUUCCCCAGUAUGAUGGACCUGCGCAACCACCAGAAAACUCACCCGGAGCUGCGCCCCUUCCGCUGCGAUCAGUGCGAGAAGGGAUUCGUGGACAAGGCGGGACUCAAGAAACAUGAGAGGAUUCAUAGCGAUGUGCGCCCUUAUGUUUGCUCCACUUGCGGGAAGGGAUUUCUGGUUCCCUCCGACCUGCGAAAGCACCAGCGGACGCACAGCAAAGAGGUGAAAGAGGAGGAAGAAAUAACCACCUUGACCCUUCAUCCAGCCUCUGUGGAACCUCCUCCUCUCUAUGAUCCCUUGGUGUCCUUCCUGGAGAAGGUCGCAGAGGGAAAUAUGGAGGUGAUCGACCCUUCUCCUUCAAACUGAAUUCUAUGACUGGAUGGGGGACAUUCGGGAAAACUGUCACCUUGUGUGACCUUAUAAAUGCCCAGAGUGCGGGAAAAGCUUUGUGGUGCCCUACGGAAGCACGAGAGAACCCACCAGAAACCUGAGCAAGAUGCCACCAAGAAGAGACCACCACUUGCGAGAAAUUUUGCCUCAGCUUCCCCAGCAUGAUGGACCUGCGCAACCACCAGAAAACCCACCCGGAACUGCGGCCCUUCCGCUGUAAUCAGUGCAAGAAGGAAUUCGUGGACAAGGCGGGACUCAAGAAACAUCAGUGGAUUCAAAGCGACUUGUUCCUUAUUGUUUGCUCCAAUUGCGGGAAGGGCUUUCUGGUUCCCUCCGACCUGGGAAAGCACCAGUCGCACAGCAAAGAGGUGCAAGAGGAAGAAGAAUUAAUUGCCCCGAGCCUUCAUCCAGCCUCUGUGGAACUUCCGCCUCUAUAUGAUCCCUUUUUGUCAGUCAAAAGGCAGGGCAUUAGGCAGAGACAGCAAAUGAGAGACUAUGGGCAGCUUUUGCACCCACCUGAAUUUGGCUCCUCCUUCCUCCCUGCCAAGUGCUUUGUGUCCUGUUUAAUCACAAUGUUACGUGUUUCUUCUGCAUCAACACUGUGUAAAUAAAUGCAACUGUUCAGCUGCAAAACCCA